AUCAUUAUAUGUUUGUCAUAACAUAUAUAAUUUUCUUAAAUUUCCUAUUAAUUAUUAUGCGGUUUCAUGCAUUAUAUAAUAUUUUCUUCAUUUCGUAAAAAUACUACUAUAAAAAUUAUUUAUAUUGGAUUCAUUAGUUUUCUUUAAUUGUACUACUGUCAUAAUUGAAAUCUAAAAGUCUCGAACUCUAUAAAUAGUAGCCUUUAGCUCCUAAAAUGUUGAAGUAGAUGCAGUUUAUACUAAAAGAUCAAAUCUAAAUUUCUUACAUUCAUAUCACCAACUAUGGCUCGCUGUGACGUUCUCCUCCUCUGUAUCCUCCUUAUCGCCACCGUCUCUGUCGUUGCAUUCGCCGAUCGUGAACCACAAUGCGUCUACACAUUCUACAUCCAAACAGGAUCGGUGAAAAGCGCUGGCACAGAUUCGAUCAUAAGCGCUAUACUCACCGACAAAUCCGAACAAGAGAUCGUGAUAAAAAACCUAGUGACAUGGGGUGGGUUAAUGGGACCAGGUUACGACUACUUCGAGAACAGCAAUGUGGACAUUUUCAGUGCGAAGGAGAAGUGUCUUCCGAGCCCAAUAUGUUCAUUGAAUCUGACCUCUGACGGCACCGGACAAUACCCAGCCUGGUUUGUAAACUACGUGGAGCUCACGACGGUCGGACUUCACACUGACAGCAAGCGUCAAUACUUUGAUUUUGAGCAAUGGCUUGAGUCCGAUACGUCGCUAACUGCCGUACGCAAUAACUGUCCCGUUUCGCUGAGGGAGAGUGUUGGUCGGGUCGUGCCUGAGGUCCAGAAAACUCUCUCUUAAUGAAUGAAAAAAAAUGAAUGUGUGUUUUGGAGACUUGUUAUUACUCCUACUGUGAACUUAUGUCGGCAAUAAUGUAAGCUCUCAGUUAAAAAAAAAUAAAAAAUAAUAAUAAUGUCACUGAUUAACUGAUG